UGUUAAACAUUUUUCUAAUAAGUUUUGUAGAGACAAAAACAUACUUUGAUUUGUUAGGAGGUGAUUUAGUUGGCAACAUUAUUUUACAUUAUUAAAAUCUUCAUCAAGUAAGAUGUUGUCAAUUGCUGAAUUAAUAGAAUUGUUAAACAAUAUUCCCUUUGGCUACAAAUCACCGGACGAUAUUUGCUUUUCUGCAGCUAAUGAAAUGUAUAUACCAAAAUACAAAAAACUUGGUGUUAUAGCGGUCGCAAAUGAACCGCAAGAAGAACCUGUGGCAACAAACCCGAUUAGUUUCUUUUGUAAUAUUCCUGGUUGUACUCUUGAUUUUGAGGAUAUCUCUAGUUAUCAAGCACAUUUCAAAAUCGUUCAUCGAUUCAUAUGUUCUAUUUGCCGGCGAUAUUUGCCAACUGCUUAUUUGCUUGAGUUACAUAUUUCGGAGCGUCACGAUUCUUAUUUCGCCAUUCGUGUAGAACGUGGUGAAGCGAUGUAUUCAUGUUUCCUGCAGGAGUGUAAACAAAAAAUGCUCACGCCACAGGCACGUAAAGAGCACUGUAUUAAUGCACACAAAUUUCUAGCGAACUACAGGUUUGAGCAGUUGUGCGGAAGAUCAUCUAAAACUUCUUCCGAGAUGAGUGAAGCAAUGGAUAUUCCUCUAGAUAGCCCUAACGUAAAUAUGGAAUUCUCAUUUGGUCAUGCUAAAGGAUCAGACCAAACACCGUGAAUUAAUUUAUAUUUAAGUAUAUAAUAAUAGAAUAGUUGGUAAUUGAAAAAUAUUUAUUUUGUCUUUGUUAUA